AUGGCAUCAAGUAGUGAAAUGAACACUGGUGAGUUAAAGAAAGGUUUAUGGAGUCAUGAAGAAGAUCAGUUGUUGAUUUCUUAUAUCAAUAGAUAUGGCAUUUGGAACUGGUCCCAGAUGCCAAGAUUUGCUGGUUUGGCGAGAAGUGGGAAGAGUUGUAGACUCCGAUGGAUGAAUUAUCUGAAACCUAACGUAAAGAAAGGAAUUUUUUCCGAGGAAGAAGAAGAGAUCAUACUCCAAUCUCAUUCGGUUCUCGGCAAUAGGUGGUCUGAAAUUGCAUCAAGACUUCCUGGAAGGACCGAUAAUGACGUAAAAAACCAUUGGCAUGCUCAUCUCAAGAAACGUGCAAACCAUCAAUACGACAUGACUCCGAAAACAACCAAGCAAAAUGAUGAUAGUGUCGAGAUGAUACAACAUCCUGCUAAUCAUGUUAACAGCAAUUUUGAGUCUUGCUUGACUUCAUAUGAUAAUACCUUCUUACCUAGCAGCAGUACUACUUCUGUAUAUCAAGAAAUCAACUUUGGAGAUGAUUAUUAUGAUACCGGUUCACCAGGAACGGUUGAUGAACUUCAAUGUUUCUGGCAACAACUUUACUCCGAGAAUAUGGACAGUGGAAACAAUGUCAUCGAUCAAGAUUUACUUAAUGAAGAUUGCUUUUAA